AUGCGAUCCGCCACUCUCGCGCGGACCGCCGCCAGGGCUGUCACAAGGCCCUCACGGGCUUUCCAGUUGGCUCGGCCUCUACGGUGCUUUAGUAUCAAGGCCGAGGCUGCUUCGGAUGCUAAACAAAAGCCUUUGGAUCCAACCAAGCUCACCAUUACCGAGACAACUAGUCCCAAGCCUCUGAGAAAGCCCGAGAGCCUCGUCUUUGGUCGAGAGUUUACCGAUCAUAUGCUUGCUAUCGAAUGGACUCAGGAUGAUGGAUGGCUCGAGCCGAAAAUCACUCCGUACCAAAACCUCUCGCUAGAUCCGGCCACCUGCGUGUUCCACUAUGCGUUUGAAUGCUUCGAAGGUAUGAAGGCGUACAAGGACAAGGACGGCCAGAUCCGUCUGUUCCGGCCCGACAAGAACAUGGCUCGUCUCAACAAGUCGGCCGCCCGGAUCGCGCUGCCCACGUUUGAACCCACCAGCUUCAUCGACCUCAUCGGCAGGCUCACCAAGUUGGACUCGCGCUUCAUUCCCAGCCAGCGAGGCUACUCGCUAUAUUUGCGCCCCACCAUGAUCGGUACUCAAAAGACUCUCGGCGUCGGGCCCCCUGGCUCUGCGCUGCUCUAUGUCAUUGCUUCCCCCGUCGGCCCCUACUACCCCACUGGUUUCAAGGCCGUGUCGCUCGAAGCCACUGACUACGCUGUUCGGGCUUGGCCCGGCGGUGUUGGCGACAAGAAGCUCGGUGCCAACUACGCUCCCUGCAUUGUUCCUCAGCUCCAGGCCGCCAGCCGCGGCUACCAGCAGAACCUCUGGCUCUUUGGUGAAGAAGAGUACGUCACCGAAGUCGGCACCAUGAACAUGUUUGUUGUCAUCAAGGACAAGCAGACUGGCCAGAAGGAGCUGAUUACUGCUCCACUUGACGGUACCAUCCUGGAAGGCGUCACUCGAGACUCUGUCUUGACAUUGGCUCGUGAGCGCCUCGUCCCAGAGGGAUGGAAGGUCACGGAGCGCAAAUACACCAUGAAGGAACUCUUCGAAGCGUCUCAACAGGGUCGCCUGGUUGAGGCAUUUGGAGCCGGCACUGCCGCCAUCGUUAGCCCCAUCAGGACGAUUGCCUGGAAAGGCAAGCACGUUAACUGUGGACUCAAGGAAACGGAGGAGUCUGGCGAGACUGCCCUACGCAUCAAAGAGUGGAUAGAGGCUAUCCAGUAUGGAGAGGAGGAGCAUGAGUGGAGCGUAAAGAUUUGA